AUGGCGUCUGGCUCCAAGGCUAAGGACCAGGACCGUCCAAGUGCCAACGGGCGCAUACAUUCUGGCCUGGAGAACAUCCUGCCAGCAAGCUUCCUCGAUAUGCAAAAGUGCGCUGGCGACUUCCCCAAGGAGAGCAAGUCGAUAUCGUCUCCACGCUCUCGGCCGUCUUCCACCCCACUCUCCAGCUUGUCGCGUUCUGUAUCGUCCAUGACCGACAGCUUCAUGCUAGAACACUGGGGCCCCUCUUCUUCAAAGUCCACGCGACCUGAACAUGAUGGCAGAGACAGCACAGAGGCUCCACCCAAGGAGGAGGACGCGCCUACUGUUAUAUCCAAUUGGGCGCAUCUAUCCUAUAUAAAAUCCCAGCGGAACACGCUUCGCGCCGAACUCAAGGCUCACCAGGUUGCUGGAGCCGAGGCAAAGCGGUCCGUUUCCUCUCUGCGGCGUCUUGCCUUUCGAAUGGCCGUAAAUAUAUCUGUCAAGGAGAAGCAGAUUGCAACUACAGCGCGGAAUCUGGCCAAAAGUAGGACAAGUAACUAUCUGGAGGGCAAAGAUGCACAGAAGCGAGUGGAAGAACUGAAGAGGGCGUUGAGAGUUGAAGAAGGACGGAACAAAGAGAUUCUUGAGGCAUUGGAGAGGGCCUCUAUGCUGACGCUCCAAUAUUCGUCUCCCAAAUCUGAACCUCAACAUCAACCUAGAGGUCUGUUCAUCUCACCACCUGCAUCUCCGCCGACGCAAUCAAGUGUCUUUGACAGUCCUACCCUUGCGCCGAGGACUCCGACGCGAGCGUCUCCCUCGCCAUGGCACGAUCUAGAUCUCGAGCUCACCCCUCGCUUGUCGAGUCCUUCCGAGAUACGUACUUCUGACAGUCGCUUAAUUCGAGCGAAACGCGAAUCCGACCAAGCUCUUGCUGCUUGUCGAAGCCGCAUUGAGCAGCUACAACGUGAAUGUGCAGCAAGCAAGGAAGAUGCUGGGCUUCUAGAAGCGACAAGAGAAGGUCUGGAACAGGAGAUCCAAAGUCAUCAAUCCCGCAUUGCUGCCUUGGAGCGUUCGAGGUUUGCGGUACAAGAAAUACUGGAGUCCACCAAGGCGCAAUUGAACGUUGCAGUAGGCUCAGAGGAGAAGCUGAAGCAGGAUCUGCAGGCUAAAUGUGCUGAACUUGCAGAUUGGGAGCAGAAGGGUGGGAAUCUGCAGCACACCAUCGAUGCGCUGCAAAAGGAGAAGGGAGAUCUGGAUGACCGCCUCAGCACACGGAAUGCUCAGAUUAAGGAACUUGAGAUUCGCACAACAACUCUGGAAGAAACACUACAUUCUUUGCAGAAUAAGGUGGAGAUUGCUGAUCGCCACGAAUCGUCGUUGCAAGACCGUCUCGUAGAAAAGGAAAGCGCACGCCAAGACCUGAGCAAGCGACUUGACCGAGGACUGGAACAUAUUGCACGUCUAGAGCAGAAGAUUACUGAGUACGAAAAGGACGAGGCUGAGCACCUACGUAAAAUCGAGAUUGGUGGAGGUGUUAUUUCUACGCUGCGCGAGCAGCUCCAUGAUUCGCAAACCACGAGCAAGGACACUGAAGACGCCUUGACGGCUCUAAAGAAGGAAGUGGAGCAGGUCCAAGCCAAUCUGCGGGCUGAGAGCGAUGCGAGUAAAGGCUUGACUGCAGAGCUUGAGGCUGUGCGAACCGAGAAGGCCGAUAUUUAUAAUGAAUUGCGUGCCACGUCAGAGAAUCUUAAGCGAGAGACCGAAUCGAAGACCAACCUCCAAACCGAGCUAGGAGAUCUGCGUGCUUCUUACGACGCUAUCACGAAAGAAUUGCAACAAGUUUCCAAGCGCGCUCAAUCAUUGGAGACGUUUGAUGCUAGUAACCAGGCCAAGUUAGAGAAACUCCACGACGAAAAAGCAUCGCUUGAAGCCGAUCUCAAAGAUGCCCGACAAUUGCUCUUCAGGCUCCGCGAAGACGUACGGAUGCGAGAUGCCGAGCUUGCUGACCUGCAGUCUGUCAAGUCGAAGUUGCAACAAAAACUUCAGACUUCAGAAGAGCGAGUGUCGCACCUGGAGCAGGAGUUGAACCAAGUACAAGUGUCAAAUCAAGUAGCUGAUGAGCAACGUGCAGUCGAGAUCCAGAAGAACGCCGAACAUCUUCGCGAGUUGGAAUCAUCCAUGCUCAAUCUCCGGUCAGUUCUCGAAUCAUCACAGAAGCUGGAGGCCUCUUUACGACAAGAGUUGGAUAGUGUGCGUAGCUCCAAAAAUGCGGUUGAGAAUGAGCUCAGUCAAGCACUCCAAUCGAAAACAGACCUUGAAGGUCAAAUCAACCAUAUACAGUCAAGACUCACAUGGACGGAGAGCGACCGCGACAGCUUGCAGACUAGGAUUACCCAACUCGAGGGCGACCUGGACACAAGCACCCAGGCUAAGAGUCGUCUCGAUGCACAACUAUCUGCCACGAGUGAGAGUGACUCACUGAAGGCUCGCAUUUCGGAGCUGGAGAUUGCACUUAAAGACAACCUUGAAGCAAAAUCAAAAGCUGAAGAUGCGUUAGCAAUCGCGCAGCUGGACGGCGAGACUUCUGGUAAGGACUUGAUAAACCUUCGUGGACAGCUAGCGGAGGUGAAGGCUACCGGAGACCAAGUGCAGCAGGAUUUACACAACGCCCACAGCUCGAAAUCAGAUCUCGAAGCUCAGCUCCAGUCAUUGAAAGACCAACUGGCCAAGAAUGAGUCUGAGGGUAAUGAAGUACGCUCGCAGAUGUCAAAGCUUCACAAUGAGGUAGUAGAACUCCAAAGGUCGAAACGCCAGCUCGAGGAUCAAUUGUUGGCCGACGAAGCGUCGCGUGAAAAGCUUGACGGAGACUUACAAUCUGCACGCUCCCAACUACUAGAGGUUCAAGCUCAGAUUCCACAUCUGGAGGCAAGACUGGCGUCCAGUGAAGAAGAGCUUGAAGCCAUGUGCAGAGCGAAGGCAGUUACCGAGAAGCGACUCGAAGAGACGCAGACUGCCAACUUAGAUCUGGAGAAAGAACUCGAUGCUGCUCGAAAGUCCAACGAAGACAUCAAGAGUCAAUUUGGUAGUAUCGUUACCAUCAAUGCACAACUGGAGAAGGACAUCAGCACAGCUCGUCUUGAGAGGGACGAGGCAGAUGCACACAACGCUGAACUCACGUUGAAACUAGGAGAUUCGAAGGAAGAGCUGCAAAGCCUUCGAAAGCUUAAGAAUGAGGUUGAGAAGAGACUGAACGAAGCACUAGCUGUCUCAACAAGCACAGAAGAGAGCCUUUCAUCCGCUCGCUCUCGUCUUCAAGAGCUCGAGUCGCAGAACUCUUCCAUCACUACUGAGCUUACAGAGACAAACGAAGAGCUAUCCGUUCUUCGACAGCUCAAGGAUGACGUCAAAAAGAAGUUGGGCGAAACAUUGACUGCUUUCGCAAGUACGAAAGAAGGGCUUUCGUCGACCCGCUCUCGCCUCGAAGAGCUCGAACACCAGAACUCCUCCGUCACCGCUGAGCUCACUAGAACGAAUGAAGAGCUAGUCGCCCUUCGUCAGGCUAGAGCCAAGCUCGAAAGCAAGGCAGACGGCGCUGAACAGCAUAUCGAGUCUCUUGAAGAGGACCUAACAAAUAUGCGCAGGCGUCUUCACGAGCUCGAAGCACAAGACUCGGCAAUUACUACAGAGAAAGAUGAACAGUUAGCCGUUCUUCGAGAAGCAAAAGCCGAGUUGGAGGCUAAGGUAGUCGGCGCCGGAAAGCGUGCUGAAUCUCUCCAAAACGAUCUAACAAAUAUGCGCUCACGGAUAGAUGAGCUUGACUCAAACAGCACUAGCUUAGCCUCCAAGCUGUCAGCUACCAGCAAGGAGCUAGAGGAUGUCAAAUCGGCUUACUCACAACUCGAAGAAUCUUCUCAAACAACGUCACAUCGAAACGGAGAGCUUGAGGCCGAACUCCAAGCUGCACAGAUGCGUCUUGACAUUGCUGAGUCGGAAGGUCUCAGCUUGGCUUCCAAGUUGUCAGUUAGCAGCAAAGAACUAGAGAACCUUCGAUUGGCUCACGUACAACUUGAGGAGUCGUCCCAAACAGCGUCACUUCGAAACGGGGAGCUUGAGACCGAACUGAAAGCUACCCAGAUGCAGCUGGCUGUUGCUGAGUCGGAAAGCCUAGAAGCUGCCAAAAAACUAAACGGAGCCGACAAGGAGCUUGUAUCCCUUCGGGAGUCGAACACUAAGUUGGAUUCCUCUGAGAAGGAGUUGCUCGCUCGUCUUACUUCAGCAGAAGAAGAAUUGGAUACCGCGCGUGAGAAGAAUGCACAGCUGGAAGCCUUCCUCGAGCGUGUAGAAGCAGACAUGGCUGAUGCUCACUCUGCCGUUGAGGAUACUGAAAGGCGUUACCAUGAGCUCGUGGAAGAGUCACAAUCAAAGUUGGAAGCUGCAAAGAGUUCGAAGCAGAAAUACAAACGUAGACUGGACGAGAGGAACAACGAACUUGAGAUCCUAAUCAAUGAGAACUCAGAUCUUCAUCACCAGGUCGGCGACCAGACGCGCCAAUUGGGUGCGCUCAAGAGGGGCAAGGAGAAGCUGGUCGAGGAGCUUUCAAAGAAGGAGAAGUACAUCGGAGAGCUCGGGUCAUCUUCAGACAAUCGCAUAAGAUCCCUAAACUCAGCGUACGAUGGUUUGAGGAAGAAGUUCGAAGAGCAGCAACAGCAACAUCGACAGUUAGACGGUAAACACGACAAGGCUGUUCGCCUCGAGGCCGAACUAGAGAGGAAGAUGACUGAGAUUGAAGAGAUGCGACAUCAUCAAGACGAGUAUGCGGUUUCAUACAAUGCAUUGGAAAAAGAGGUGCAAAGCUUGCGAGAUGAUAAGAGGGCGUUUGAGAAACUGGUAGCCACGCUACAAGAGAAAAUCAGACAUUUGGACGUCCUAGAGGAGUGGGAGGAGCCGAACGAGCUCAACAGGACUACCUCGCCACGUCACAUCACUAUCCAGGAGGGCCCUUACGAUACUGCACCCUCUAGUCCCAUCUCUUCUCAUGCAAGGAGUUCUAUUGGCCGCGUUAGCGUGCAGCUUGAAAGGCCACAGACGAGCGCCAGCACCGUCUCCCACGAGGAAGAUCUUGACUCGUGGGCGAUGCAAGUCGAGAAGAUACGCAUGCAACGCAAUGAUGCGGCAGUCCAACUCAAAGGCAUGAAGAAGUCGCGACACAACCUCAAGAAAACUCUGAGGGACACCGAUGCGCAACUCCACCGGCUAGAGAAGGAAACGAAGACCAAACGACCCCAGAACCUUCUCCGAAAGAAGAGUCGUCCAAUGACCCCUAAUCCUCUCAUUACUGACCAAGCCCGCACCUCACCCUCCCCGCGCAUUGGCUCUUCAUCCCCGCAAACACCCACUCGCCAAACCACGAACGUAUUCACCUCGCCUCGAACCACCAUGAGCACCAACUCACGGCACAGCACAUAUAUUACUCCUACCAAUCCCGAUAAGGGAGCUACACCUUCAACGCCUGAACGUCCCAAGACUAGUCAUAGUCUGCGCAACAGGCUGAGCUAUCGCCCUACGACUAGUGUUGGCGAUGAACAUGCGGGCGUGUCGCCUAAGGGGCAUGGACAUGUAAGAAGGUGGAGUUCUGGAUUGAGGAGUUUGUUUCAUAAGGAUGCGUGA